AUGUCUUCACCAACUGGAGAACCUUCGAAUCCAAGUAGUGAAGGGACGGAAGGUACAAGUGGUGGUGAUGAAGGUGAUUCUCAAGCAUCUCAGUUUUCUGUUGCGGUUGAUGUUCUUGAUACCGCGAAAGAGAAAGUUGAAGACAAGUUAAGCGAAAUUGAUAAAGACAGCCCUGAAGAAAUUUCUCAAAAUACUGCUAAAAUUACUCAAAGUAUUAAUAUGUUAGACAUCAUAAUUACUAUUGGACUUUAUUACACUUCUCUUUUUAUGGAUUGGUUAACUAUUCUUGGAAAUUCUACAACAAUUUCAGGUUUUUUCUUUGAUUUAUUUCUUGGCUCUUUCUUGAUUCAAGAUUGGAAUUUUGGUCAAUUAGAUACAGUAGGAAGAAUUUCCGGAAUGACAACUUCGAUACAAAUAGGAAUGUUUGUAAUUACGUUAAUAAUCUUUGUAUUUUCCAAGAUUGUCAAAAAGGAACUUCCAUCAUUCAUUGGUGGUCCUUUAUAUUACGGAGGUCCAUUUCAAAUUUUACAAUUAUUUAGAACCGACGUAUCUAGUUAUCAUGAAUCUAUGUAUAGUUUAGAUGCUCAAGCAUCGCAAUACAUUGGUAUCUUAAGCCAAAUAUUAAUUGUUAUCGCAGCAGCUUUUGCAGCUCCAGACACCACGUCUUCGUAUAAUGACAAUAUCACAAACAACAAUAACACAAUAACAGUUUCUAAUUCUACAGAGGAGGUGACAAUUCAAAUUAAAGAUACCGUGAUUUUUGUUAUGACCACUCAUUUUAUCUCAGUAGUCGCCAUUAUAAUGUCUUCACUAUUAAACAUUGUCCAAUGGUUGGCUGAUAUUUGGCGCAUGAAUAGCGAUCAAAUCAUCAUCUAUUACAUAUUUAAAUAUAUAAUGAAUGUAUUGACAUGUUAUCCAUGUCGAAGGAAAAAAAAUACUGUCGGUAUUGAUACAGGUGAAAUUGAGUCAAAAUUACUCACUAUGUCCACUAAAUCAUCUGAAAAACAAGAAGUUCAAAAUGUUUUACCAGAAAGAAUGAGCAGUUCGCGUAGGAUGGGGAAAAAAUCAAGCCCAAGAUUGAAAAAGAGUAGAGAAAAUAUACUUAAAUCAAGUGAAGAAGGUGAUGAUAGCAAAGGACAACAAUCAUAA